CACAGGCAUGUCAUAUUAGACAUAAAAAAAAUGAGUUUUAAAUGUUUAUCAGGCGGAUAUUUUCUCGCAUUUUAAUAAAAAUGUUGUAAUAUUCUACUGAACAUUAACACCAUGAUGAAUCGCCUUAUAUUAAUAAAUACGUGUAAUGUUAAUUUAUUAAGGAACAGUAUUAUCAGAUCUACACCGAAAUUAUUGACUCCUGUGAAAUGUCCUUCCAACUUCUUUAUUCGAGGAGCUCACGACCAGAAGAAGAAUAUCAGAUCAACGUUAAACUAUGUUGUAGCUCUGGGUGUCUUGACUGUGGGUCUAAGUUACGCAGCUGUGCCCCUGUACCGGAUAUUCUGCCAGGCCUACAGUUAUGGAGGAACAACAGGACUGGCCGAGGCAAGUGAUGUUGUAAGCACAAUGACUACAGUCAAGCAUCGGCCCAUCUGUGUGCGCUUCAAUGCUGAUGUGGCCUCAUCCAUGCAGUGGAACUUCAAACCACAACAGCCAGAUAUCACAGUUUUGCCUGGCGAAACUGCCCUCGCAUUCUACACAGCACGCAACCCUACUGACAAGCCUGUGACGGGCAUCAGCACGUACAAUGUCAUCCCAUUUGAGGCCGGACAAUACUUCAACAAGAUCCAGUGCUUCUGCUUUGAGGAGCAGCAACUCAACCCCCACGAACAGGUGGACAUGCCAGUUUUCUUCUACAUUGACCCCGAGUUUACCCAGGACCCCCAAAUGGAGUAUGUAGAUGAAAUCGUUCUGUCUUACACCUUCUUCGAGGCCAAGCAGGGCCUGAAACUCCCGGUGCCCGCGUAUGUCAAGCAAUAAUGACACGACUCAUUGUAAAUAAGAUUAGAUUAGAAUGCAUUUGUUUUGCUUAAGAUGCUGUGGUUGUUAAGUUUUAUUUUGAAUAAUAAUGAAAUGCACA